CUGUGUGGGCGGGGUGACGCUCUCCUGCCUCGCCAUUGGUCGACGGGGAGAAGGGGCGGGGCAGCGGCGGCGGUGACCGGGAUGGGACCGGGCGGCACGUGGUGGAGGGGCGCCGGCGUCACGGGCGGUGUCCGGCGCUGGCUGUCCUCGGCCGCCCCGCUGCCCCGGCUCUGCGUGGUGGGCAGCGGCCCCGCUGGCUUCUACACGGCUCAGCACAUCCUCAAGCACCAUGGUGGAGCCCACGUCGACAUCUACGAGAAGCUGCCUGUUCCCUUCGGGCUCGUCCGGUUUGGGGUGGCCCCAGACCACCCUGAAGUGAAGAACGUGAUCAACUCCUUCACGCAGACGGCGCGCUCGGAGCGCUGUGCCUACUACGGGAACGUCACCGUGGGGAGGGACGUGACGGUGGCCGAGCUGCAGCAGGCUUACCACGCCGUGGUGCUGAGUUACGGCGCUGAAGAUAACCGCGUUCUGGGGAUCCCAGGGGAGAACCUCUCCGGUGUUUAUUCAGCCAGAGCCUUUGUGGGCUGGUACAACGGGCUGCCCGAGAACCGGGACCUGAAGCCCGACCUGAGCUGCGAGACAGCGCUGAUCCUGGGUCAUGGCAACGUGGCGCUGGACAUUGCCCGGAUCCUCCUGUCCCCACUGCAUCUCCUCAGGCAAACAGACAUCACUGAGGGUUCCCUGGCAGCUCUGGCCUGCAGCAAGGUGAAGCGCGUCUGGCUGGUGGGCAGGAGGGGACCUCUCCAAGUUGCUUUCACCAUCAAGGAGCUGCGGGAGAUGAUAAACCUGCCCGGUACCAGACCUGUUCUGAACCCUGCAGACUUCACAGGCCUGGAAAAUGCUGUGAAAGAUGUCCCCAGGCCCAGGAAGCGACUGACUGAGCUGAUGAUCAAAACAGCCCUGGAGAAGCCUGGGGAGAAGGCGGUGGAGGUGCAGGCAGCAGCCCCCCGGGAGUGGGGGCUGAAGUUCCAGCGCAGCCCCCAGGCAGUGCUGCCCACUGCUGACGGGAGGCGGGCAAGGGGCGUCCGCCUGUCCCUGACCCACCUGGAGGGCUCAGGUGACUCUGCCAAAGCCGUCCCCACAGGAGACGUGGAGGAGCUGGAGUGUGGGCUGGUGCUCAGCAGCAUUGGCUACCGGAGCCUGCCCCUGGACCCGGCCGUGCCCUUUGACACCCAGCGCGGCAUUAUCCCCAACAGCUCAGGCAGAGUAGAGGGUGUCCCAGGUCUGUACUGCAGCGGGUGGGUGAAGAGGGGACCCACCGGCGUCAUCAUCACCACCAUGAACGACAGCUUCGACACUGCCCAGUCCGUGUUAGAGGAUCUCCAGGCGGGCGUGCUGGACGUGGCCACCUCCAGAGAAGGCUUUGGGGCUGUGGAGAGCAUCCUGUGCAGCCGAGGGGUCCGUCCCGUUUCUUUCUCCGACUGGGAGAAGAUCGACGCUGCCGAAGUGGCGAGAGGCAAAGCUGCUGGCAAACCCCGGGAGAAGAUCGUGGAUCCUCAGGAGAUGCUGCGGCUGAUCGGUCACUAAAGCAGCAGUGAUGGGAAAGUGGCGCUGGUCCGGCUGGUCACACCAGCGGGUUACAGAUGGCCUGGGAGCACAAGGCUUGUUCCCGGGGCUGGUGGUCGCUCCGUGAGGCGUGUGGCACUUGUAUGCAUGAACUCUGUGUUCCUGAAGUGCGUGUUUCAAAAUACCUGAGGCUGCCGGCUGGUCCUGUGUCUCCGCAGCUGGCUGCUGCCCCUGGGGUGAUACUGUCAUUCGGGUCCUUUGAGCAUUAAUGAAUUGGCCGAGCAUUUAAUGAGUUGGUGGCACAGAUAUGGGGUGAUGUGUUCCUGGCAGGAGCCCUGGCUGGGCAGCUUCCCCAUGGCAAGUCAUGGAGAGAAGCUUCCUCGUGUCUUGCUGCCUCCUCUUUAAACCUCAAGCCGAAUGGCUUUGUUGCCUUGUCAUCAUGCCUGAGCAGGCCUCUUAUUUUUAUUUUUUUUAAUAAAUCCUUACAGGAAAGCCAAA